AUGUCCAAGAUUUCCGUCGCCGCUGUGCGUCAGCACGUUACUGACCUUCUUGAGUACUCUAACGAGACCAAGAAGCGCAACUUCCUCGAGACCGUCGAGCUCCAGAUCGGCCUCAAGAACUAUGAUCCCCAGCGUGACAAGCGUUUCUCCGGCACCAUCCGCCUGCCCAGCAUCCCCCGCCCCAACAUGAGCAUCUGCAUUCUCGGUGACCAGCACGAUAUCGAUCGUGCCAAGCACGGCGGUGUCGACGCCAUGUCCGUCGAUGAUCUCAAGAAGCUCAACAAGAACAAGAAGCUCAUCAAGAAGCUUGCUCGCAAGUACGAUGCCUUCGUCGCCUCCGAGGCCCUCAUCAAGCAGAUUCCCCGUCUCCUUGGUCCCGGUCUUUCCAAGGCUGGCAAGUUCCCCACCCCUGUCUCCCACUCCGACGACCUUACCGGCAAGCUCAACGAGGUCAAGUCCACCAUCAAGUUCCAGCUCAAGAAGGUUCUCUGCAUGGGUGUCGCCGUCGGCAACGUUGGCAUGACCCAGGAGCAGCUCGUUGGUAACAUCAUGUUGGCCAUCAACUACCUCGUCUCCCUCCUCAAGAAGGGCUGGCAGAACGUCGGUAGCCUUACCAUCAAGGCUACCAUGUCUCCCCCCAAGCGCCUCUACUAA